AUGACAAAUCAAAUACGACGACCACCCAAUCAAAUUCGGGAAAUGAAAGAUCAAAUACGACGACCACCCAAUCAAAUUCGGGAAAUCAAAGAUCAAAUACGACGACCACCCGAUCAAAUUCGGGAAAUCAAAGAUCAAAUACAACGACCACCCAAUCAAAUUCGGGAUAUGGCAGAUCAAAUACGACGAUCACCCAAUCAAAUUCGUGAAAUCAAAGAUCAAAUACGACGACUACCCGAUCAAAUUCGGGAAAUCAAAGAUCAAAUACGACGACCACCCGAUCAAAUUCGGGAAAUCAAAGAUCAAAUACGACGACCACCCAAUCAAAUUCGGGAAAUCAAAGAUCAAAUACGACGACAACCCGAUCAAAUUCGAAAUACGACAGAUCAAAUACGACGACCACCCGAUCAAAUUCGGGAUACGACAGAUCAAAUACGACGACCACCCGAUGAAAUUCGGGAUAUGACAGAUCAAAUACGACGACCACUCAAUCAAAUUCGGGAUACGACAGAUCAAAUACGACGAUCACCCGAUCAUAUUCGGGAUACGACAGAUCAAAUACGACAAACCGAUCAAAUUCGGGAAAUGACGUAUCAAAUACGACGACCAUCCGAUCAUAUUCUUACAGAGGACAUCACUUUUAUUAGCUUGUGUCAUAGAUAA